ACGUGAGACCAAAACAUGGCAAAUCCAACAUUGCAAGCAAAGAAUGAAGCAACACAAGAGUAGCGUACCAUGACUGUCCCUCCAUCUUCUUCCAGAUCUAUCACUAGCAAUAAUGCAUCAUCGGCAGCCCCAGCUGGAACGAUGAAGACAAUCAUUCGAUCUUGUCUAGCUUUGAUCGUGGUGGCGGGAUUGCUUCAGAAUCCUACUACCAGCUACGUCCAAUGGUACCGGGGACCACGCAAACUAUCCGCCGAACAGGACUUGGCAGUGGCUACUAGAAAGCAACCUCUCGCUGAUGAUACCGCUAUCAGUAUCGAUGCUUCAAUUGGCACCCGUUCGGAUCAAUCGGAGACAUCUUUGCAAGGCACCGCAGAUACCCCUGAAUUUGCUACUGCGGCUGCAGGCACUGACACUGACACUCACACUCACGCUGUCAGUGACAUUGUCCCUAACACUGGCAGUGGCAGUACUAGUGUUGCCAAGAGAAAUGAUAAUCAGGAAGAGAAGCACAUCAAGCAACAGGGACGAAAGAAGAAGAACAAGAGGAAGGAGAAGCAGUCGAGUCUGAUCAGCGGUAAGAAAAGUAAAGAUCAGCAACUUGAAAGUUUGCCUCCAUUGGACUCUUUGAUUGGUGACUUGAACGAGGACAUUACGGGUGAUGUUCAGUUUCUGUUGGACUUUGCCAUUGUAGGAUUCGGCAAGUGUGGGACUACGGCGCUCAUCAACUGGCUCGAUGAUCAUCCUGAAAUAAACACCAUUCCCAAAGAAGCACUCCAUCUCCCACGCAAGAGGCCGGCAUUGAUGGUUCAGAAACUGCAUCAAAUGAAAGAGAAAACUCUACUCUCACAGCAGCAACAAAAUAGCACUAGCAACAACAGCACCAGCACAACGAACUCUCUUCAGGGAUUCAAAAACCCAAGCGACGUACGACGCCCCGAAUCCAUGGCAUACAUUCAAAAGUACUGGCCACAAACCAAACUCAUCAUUACCGUGCGGCAUCCGGUCUUAUGGUUCCAAAGUCUCUACAACUUUCUAGUCAAUGAAAUGGGACGUUCUCAAAAGUUCUUGCGUCACACAUCGCUCAUUGGAGGUCCGCACAAGAACACGGCCUACGCCCACACUGGCAAGGGAGAGUUCCAUGCCAUUCUCAGCCUGCUCGGGAAAACACCGCUCAACACACCACAAGAAUUAGAGCUACUCCAAGGAUUCCUCCAAGAAGACGAACUGGAACAGUACUGGCCACCACCCACACCGGGGUUGCCCAACCCAAUCUUCUUUCUGGACACUUCCCAAAUGAGCGACAGCAACGAAACGCGUGCAGCACAGUUUCGGUACGAUCUGCAAGACUUUUUGGGAUUGCAACAACCCUUGCCUCCCGUGCCGCAUGUUCGUCCGGGCAAAGAUCGAAACGUCGAUGAGUCUCUCAAGAUGGAUAUUUGUGCUCCCGAAAAUGACGUUUUGCGAGCCGAACUCAUGCGAAUCUCGCGCAAGGCCGCCGAGUGGAUGCGACGCUACUUCAUGGCCAGCAACAGUGUGGCGGUUUCGUCGCCCGAGUACUUGUCCCAAGAGAUUUUGGGCAAGGAGUGGAUGCAAGAUCCGUGUGAUAAGAAGAAGAAGAAGACGAAAGGUGAAGGAACUGCUAAAAAGAGCGAUACAAUGGCGUCAGAAGAAGCAGCGGCGGUGGCCGCCAGUCAAGGCUGAGCUCAACUGAAGUCACCACGACCGCCAAGAGCGCUUGGCUAGGAGGCAGGGAAGCAAUGAAUGCUCUCUUCUAGAACGCCUGCAUAAAA